AGUUCAAACUUAUACAAUGAUUUUGUGAUGGACAAGUAUUCUCAGGUCAGAUAAACUGAUUUAGAGCAAAAAUUAUUGUAUGUCAGUCUUAUAAUACCUGAUUUAUUAGGCUACAUGUACAACUACAGGUCUAUCAUAGGGAUAAAAUCAUGAAUCGAGUUUAUAUAAUUCUAGAUCAAGUGAAAAUUGUCUUGAUAUGUCUCAGCAAUGUUUUCUGUUCUCUACUGGUCAGUGGUAUCCCAUUUUGAGCAUGCACACAAUUGAGGAUACUGCUGACCAGUUAUAAUAUAAUCCUUUUCUACACUGCAUAUGACUAAAAGCAUUCACUCGAUGUUCUCUAUGCGUUCAAAUGGCUAAAACUAGUAAGAGAGGUCGCAGAUACGCCGUAGCAAACUGAGAAAGGAUUAUGCAAGGUAUAAUGAGUAUAAACACAAGGAUAAAGAAAGAAAACGGGCUGAAAGGGACAGACCAAAAGAACAGAGUCAGCAGGAGAUUGACCGCAAGAAAAAGGCUAACAGGGACCGUGUAAGGAAAUUCAGGCUGUUACAGAAAGGGAAGAAUGAGGCUAAAGCAAGAAUAACCCCUAAGAGUAACAAUGAAAAAGCUUACAAAACUCCCCAGGCUUUGGGAAAAGCAGUUGGUAAAGUUAAACACCACUUGCCAAAAAGUCCACGUAAAAGGAAUGCUGUGAUAGUGAAGCUUGCUUCGGUUGCUGGGUUGCCCCCUGAUGCAAAAAAACACAAACGAGCUGGUAAUAAGGGCCUGGAUGAAGAAACCACAGCCAAAGUACAAGCUUUUCAUGUGCUCGACUCCAUCUCACGACAGUCCCCAGGAAGAAAGGACUUUAAAACAUGCCAAGCCAAAGGAAAAAAACCGCAAUUCCAGAAAAGAUUUCUUUUAUUUUUUGAGAGAGGUACCUGCUCUUUUCUUGCAAGCCAACCCAACCACCAAGAUUGGACUGAGUAAAUUCAGCUCUCUGAGGCCUCCACACGUUCUCCUUUCUUCAGAAUUGCCACGAAAUGUCUGCUUGUGCCAGUAUCACGAGAACAUCAAGCUUAUUUGUGACUGUCUCAGUAAACAAAUAACUGAGUUCCCAAGCUAUACAGGGGAUUUUGUAGAUAAUUUUGUCUGCAGUCCAAAUUCAGAGGAAUGCAUGCAUGGGAAAUGCAGCCAAUGUCCCAAAUUCCUAGAUGAGCUUGAGUAUGAUGAUACGACAGUUACAUGGUAUGAGUGGGAGCGCACGACAGUGUCAGUCCCCGCAAAAGAAGGAAAGGAUGGUUCUACUACCACUAUGAAAAAGAUGCAAAAGGUGUGCAAAGAAGGCACAGUUAGUGAUGUUUUGGCAUCACUAGAUAGGAAGCUCCCUUUUUUCCUGCAACAUGUUUUCAUCAAAAGAAGCCAGUCUGAAUAUUUUGAAGGCAAGCUUGACAAUGUUGGCCCAGAUGAGGCAGUCAUCCAGGUAGAUUUCGCUGAGAAUUACAGCUGCAAGUUUCAGGAUGAGAUUCAGUCAGCUCAUUGGGCCCAGACCAAUGUCACCCUUUUUACUGUGGCUAUUUGAACAAAACCGAAAGAUGCAGAGAGAGUGUGUGAAUCUCAUGUCAUUGUCUCAGAUGAAUUGAAGUAUGACAAGAAUGCAGUCGCAGUGUUUAUGUGGCAGGUAAUCUCUGAUUUUGUUAAGCAAAGACAUCCUGAGGUGACCAAGGUUUACAUCUUCUCUGAUGGACCUAGCUCUCAAUUCAAGAACCGAUUCAUUGUGAGCUUUUUGCGCA